GGCUCAGCUUCAAGGGGACCAGGGGGACCAUGGCCAGUGCAGAGUCCUCACUGCUCACAACCCUAGGCCCCAGCCCAGAUCCGGGCAAAAGUGAGGUGGAGCUGGACUGCUGGUUUAAUGAGGAGUUCAAGUUCAUCCUGCUGCCUGUGAGCUAUGCAGUUGUCUUUGUGCUGGGUCUAGGCCUCAAUGCUCCGACCCUCUGGCUUUUCCUCUUUCACCUCCGACCCUGGGAUGCAACAGCCACAUACAUGUUCCACUUGGCCUUGUCAGACACUUUGUAUGUGCUGUCACUGCCCACCCUCGUCUACUAUUACGCAGCCCGCAAUCAUUGGCCCUUUGGUACCGGGCUUUGCAAGUUCACUCGCUUCCUGUUCUAUUGGAACCUCUACUGCAGUGUCCUUUUCCUCACGUGCAUCAGUGUGCAUCGCUACAUGGGCAUCUGCCACCCGCUGCGGGCACUGCGCUGGGGACGCCCGCGCUUUGCGGGCCUUCUCUGCCUGGCAGUUUGGUUGGUUGUAGCCAGCUGCCUUGUGCCCAACCUGUUCUUUGUCACAACCAGCACCAGGGGGGAUACCAUCUUGUGCCACGACACCACUCGGCCCGAGGACUUUGACCACUAUGUGCACUUCAGCUCAGUUAUCAUGGUGCUGCUGUUCGGUGUGCCCUGCCUGGUCACUCUCGUCUGCUAUGGGCUCAUGGCCCGACGCCUGUACCGGCCUCUGCCAGGGGCUGCCCCGCCGUCGUCUCGGCUGCGUUCUCUCCGCACCAUCGCGGUGGUGCUCACCGUCUUUGCUGUGUGCUUCGUGCCUUUCCACAUCACCCGCACCAUUUAUUACAUGGCAAGGCUGCUGGAAGCUGACUGCCAAGUACUGAACAUCGUCAAUGUGGUGUACAAGGUGACCCGGCCACUGGCCAGCGCCAACAGCUGCUUGGACCCCGUGCUCUACCUGCUCACCGGGGACAAGUACCGAAGGCACCUGUGGCAACUUUGCAGUGGUGGUGCGCCCCAGCGCCCCAUGGCAGCCUCCUCCCUGGCGCUGGUGUCCCUGCGUGGAAACAGCAGCUGCAGGUGGACAGACACACACCUAGGGCAGCAGGCUGCAACACUGGAAGCCUGCAAUGGGGAGGAAAGGGGGUGAGUGCAGGGCAGAGGUGAGGGAACCUAAUCAUGACACCUGACAUGGCUGCUUCCUCCUCUUCUCCAGGUUCUGCUGACAGCCCCUCCCCUUGAGGG